AUGGUUUUGCGCCUCAUGCGUAGCCAGCGCGUCUGGUGGUGGAUGGGCUCGCUUGUUCUGGGCGGUGUGGGACUUGUAGCUUUUGGACCUGAGCUCAAGCUCGGUAUGAGUAAACACACCGCCGAGGUAGCGUCUCGCUCGCUGCAGGACGAAACACUACGCGAUAACUCGCGGGAGCUAGCGUCACAGAUCGUGCAGACGGUGCUGAAUGACCCCAAGGUGCUUGAUCAAGCCUCUAGGUUCCUGCAAAGGCUUGUAGUGGUGGAGACGACGCGCGAAGCUCUGAGAGCAUUGGUGAUCCAUACACUAAACGAUCCAAUGACGAGGACACAGGUAGCGGACAUCACGAAGCACACGGUGGCAGCGUUACUGGAAGACCCCAAGACUCUGCGUCAAUUGGUCGAUUUGUUGCGCUCGACUGUAGUGGAUCCACAGGCGAAAGAAGCUCUGUUGCUGCUAUUGGAGCAAAUUAUGCGUGACGACCAGACUCGAGCCAACUUGACUCAAUUAUUGGCGCACACGUUCCUGCAAGACGCAGUGAAGCAGAACGUGACCAAAACGCUCGGAGACUCGGUACACGACGUGUUGAGUCGUGGAGACAUUCAGAACCACGCCAAGGAGUUUGUCAGCGGUGUGGUUCGGGACCAAACAGUGCAGGCUCAGAGCGGGGAAGCCAUCUGGGGCACCUUCAUGUACGCUUUAACUCCCGGUUGGCUGUCGUGGAUCUGGGAGAACCCGGACAAAGUGGUUAAAGACGGAGCCACGACGCCAGCAGCGGAGGCGGCGAAGGUCAUGGUGGCGGCCACUGCAGCUGAAGAUAAACUGGAGAAGCAGAAGAAGGAAGCUGAGACGAAGGAUACUGAUCUAGCGGAGAUUGCGUCAUCACAAGCGGACUUCGCUGAGCGAUACGAAGAUCGACACUGGAGUGGCUCGGGCAGUGGCUUUGUGGGAUGA